UGGCGCAGCGUGGUAAACGCUGGGUGCCCACCUGCAAAGCCGCAAGCCCCCGGCUGUGAGCUUCAGUCGAGACGACGUCCCGGAAACUCCUGUCGGUGCUACCCCGCCUCCCGGGGUCCACUGAGUUGUCGGGCCGGAGCUGUGGGGUUUGAGCCGCCAUCCCGUGCUGGAGUGCAAGGCGGCUUUCCACCCCCGGAAACCCCGGGCUGGCAGCGCUGCCGAUUCCUGUAGCAUUGCAGUGAGUGUGGAGCCGGUGGCCAGGAUCCCACGCCAGUGGCGCCGUGGGUAAUCACUGGGCUGUCAGCUCCAAGGCCCCGGCCAUGGCCCAGCAGAGGGCCCUGCCUCAGAGCAAGGAGACCCUGCUGCAGUCCUACAACAAGCGGCUCAAGGACGACAUCAAGUCCAUCAUGGACAACUUCGCCGAGAUCAUCAAGACGGCCAAGAUUGAGGACGAGACUCAGGUGUCCCGGGCCACGCAGGGCGAGCAGGACAACUAUGAGAUGCACGUGCGCGCUGCCAACAUCGUGCGGGCCGGCGAGUCCCUGAUGAAGCUGGUGUCCGACCUCAAACAGUUCCUGACCCUCAAUGACUUCCCGUCGGUGAACGAGGCCAUCGACCAGCGCAACCAGCAGCUGCGUGCGCUGCAGGAGGCCUGUGACCGGAAGCUGGUAGCCCUGCGCGACGAGGUGUCCAUCGACCUGUAUGAGCUGGAGGAGGAGUACUACUCGUCCAGCUGGACUCUGUGCGAAGCUAGCGAUCUCCCUCUGUGCGAAGCUUAUUGGAGGCUGGGCCGCGACUCCGACUCCGAGCCCGCCGAUGCCCUUUCGGCUCCCCUGCUGGUCUCCCCGCAGCUGAGCACUGGCCCUCUGCAGGCUGCAGCCCCUGGACACCCCCACGCCAGCAGCUCUGGCCCCCCGGAGCACACCUGAGCCUCCUUGGCUCCCUGCCUGACCCUGAGGUUCUUGGAAUGCAACUCCCCUCUGGGGCCCUUGGGACUCCAGGACCCCCCCACCCUGCAGCUUCCUUGGCAGCCUCAUCUGUCUGGGCCUGGGGUCCACCCCCACCCCUGAGUGCUGGGACUGCCCACCUUUGCUGAGUCCUCUGGGUACUACCCUGGCCCCCAGGGUUGGAGGGACACUUCCAAGAUGUGCCUGGUUGGGUACAGGGGAGCAGGGGGUGUGCCUAGCAUGGGCGCUGACAACCAUGCCAGCCCCCGUGCCCAGGCCAGGCCACUUGCCCACUUGAGCCAUAAGGCCCUGCUGCAGAGCAAGAAGCAGUGGUGGUCCACCCCGUCCUGCUGCCCCUGGUCUGGAGACAGAAUAAACACGCUGCUGCCCUCUA